UUAGAUCACUGUCAAUCAUGACACCAAGAUAAUCAUAAUUUAAAAAAUCCACUUGUUGAAAUUCCACUUGUAACCUAGAUAGUGUCUUUCCACUUGACAUCACUGUGGCACACAGAGCAAAUAUAAAUAUGGAUAUAAAUAUGGUGGAGGCCAUGUAUAGGGUUCUUCUACUGGUCUAUGCAUCUAUAUAGGAAAAUAAAUGUGUGUGUGUGUGUGUGUUCGUGUGUGUGUGUGUGUUUGUGUUUGUGAAUGUGUGAAAUGGCAAUUUAUACUGUAGGUUUUGUUUGCAGAUUAUCUUUAAUGUUGUGUGCCAUUCCACUGGUCUUGUAUAAAUUAAUUGUAGAGAACGUUGACUUUAAAUUCUCAUUUGUCUCAAUCUCAAUGGUUUUCUCUAUUUGGAAUACAUUUCAGACAUUGUUUAGUUAUUAAAACUUACUCAGUUUUUAUUAAUGUAUCGUCUCAUAUGAAGUGUUUACCCCUUCUGUGCAUUUAGGCAUUACCUAACUCCUUUACCCCUUCUGUGCAUUUAGGCUUUUUCAUUAUUUGUUAUCUCAUUUAAGAGCUGAAUUAUACAAGAAUUGCACUCUUUUGUUUUGAAAUGGCAUGGCAGUUAGAGACUUGCCUGAACUCCUUUUAGUUCCAUUCCACUGGACCAUCCCGUGUGGCUGUUGUUGAUGUUUCUGUCUGAUGUGCUGUAGGUCUGGCGUCAUUCAGCAGCGUGUCUGGAUCACUGGAGUACAGUAUCUCGGAGGAGGACCCAGGGCCCCUGCGGAGUGAUGGCGAGGGGAGACAGGGCACCAAAGUCAGUCGGACAUUCAGCUACCUCAAGAGCAAGAUGAGCAAGAAGGGCAAGGAGAAGGACAAAGAGAAGGAGCGCCUACGUGAGCGCGAGAGAGAUGCCAAAGAGAAGGAGAAAGGCUUGGUGAACGGGCACCUCUUCAGUGCCAUCGCCAACGCGCCUUCCACACUGUGCCAGUACUGCAGCAAGCCCCUCAACACUAAAGAGGCAUUAAUCUGCAACAAUUGCAGUGCACACGUCCACAAAGGCUGUCGAGAAAACCUGCCUGUGUGCGCCAAGGUCAAAAUGAAGUCAAUGACACUGCCUGAUUCUGGACCACCAUCUGGUGUCAUCAUGAGAAACAAAACCCCAGCAAUAUCCAUAUCUCGGGAUCGUCCGAAAUCAACCAUCUCCAUACCUGAUGAUCAGUUUGGUCAGAUGCCAGCUAAUCUGCCACGGAAAAGCACCAGCAGUAUCAUGUCUUUUAGUGGACACAACCCACUGUCCAAGAGUAUGUCCAUUUCCAACAUUACUGGCCCUGGGCUUGAUGACAUGCCGUUGAGGAGAAGUAUGUCCCAGUCCACAGACUCCUUGCACAAGACCAGCAAGGUCAACGAGUCAACAGAGUCUCUGACCGAUGAAGGUACGGAGAUGAUGGACGUCCAGCUGAUGUGUGAGUUCGAGCCUGACGUGCGGGAGCUAGAGGCGGACUCGUGGAGCGUAACGGUGGAUAAGAAGCAGCUGAAGCACCUCAAGAAGGACGUGGUCAAGAGACAGGACAUCAUAUACGAGCUGAUGCAGACGGAGAUGCACCAGGUGCGGACGCUGCGCAUCAUGGGGGAGGUCUACUGCAAGGGCCUGGCGGGGGAGCUGAAGCUGGAUGCGGCCGUGUUGGAGCGCCUCUUCCCCUGCCUGGACGAGCUGACCGAGCUGCACGGACGUCUGCUGGGCGCCCUGCUGGAGCGGCGGAGACAGACGCCACUCUUGCGAGACGCCACCGCUACCUCCAACGCAGCGGGAGGCUUUCUGGUGCACCGGAUUGGAGACGUGCUGGUCUCUCAGUUCUCCGGAUCCAGCGCAGAACGCAUGAAAAAGGUCUACGGGAAGUUCUGCAGCCGCCACAACGAGGCGGUAAACUUUUACAAAGAGCUCCACGCCAAAGACAAGCGGUUCCAGGCGUUCAUUAAGAAAAAGAUGAGUAGCGCGAUCGUUCGGAGGCUGAGCAUCCCGGAGUGUAUUCUGCUGGUCACCCAGCGCAUCACCAAAUACCCCGUCCUCAUUCAGAGGAUACUGCAGCACACCAAAGACGGUGAUGAGGAGCAGGAGGAGGUGUCACGCUCGCUCCGGCUGGUGAAGGAGGUGGUCACGGCCGUGGACAACCGCGUGCACGACUACGAGCGGAAGCGUCGGCUGAAAGAUGUGUACGGCCGCACCGACAGCAAGUCCAUCAUGCGCAUGAAGAGCGGCCAGAUGUUCGCCCGCGAGGACCUGCUCAGAGGGCGCCGGCUGCUCCACGACGGCCCACUGCAGCUCAAGACCUCCGCCGGCCGGUUCAAAGAUGUCCAGGCCCUGCUGCUGUCCGACGUGUUUGUCUUCCUUCAAGAGAAAGAUCAAAAGUUCGUCUUCGCUUCACUGGACCAGCGGUCUACGGUCAUCUCCCUGCAAAAGCUGAUCGUGCGCGAGGUGGCUAACGAGGAGAAGGCCUUGUUCCUGAUCACGGCGGGCAUCGAGAGGCCAGAGAUGGUGGAGGUGUACGCCAGCUCCAAGGACGAGCGCAACACCUGGAUACAGCUCAUCCAGAACGCCAUGCAGUCCAUAGAGAAGGAUGAGGAUGAGGGCAUCCCCAGUGAGAGUGAGGAGGACAAGCGGCUGCAGGAGAACAAAGCCAAGGAGAUGCGAGAUCUCCUGCACCGGAAGGAUGAGCAGAUCCUGGGUCUGCUGGAGGAAAAGGUAAAGCUGUUCCGGGAGCUGUGCGACUGCGCCGCGCCAGAUGACCUCAUCCAUGCGCUCCGCUGCCGCAUGAUGUUCCGUGCCACGCCCAGCGAUGUCACCAAGGGCGAGCCAAUCAUGAAGGACGCUCUGAAAGAAGUGGAGACCCUGCAGGAGCUGGUGAACAGGAGUGUUGUUGGAGCUGUGGGUCAUCAGAUGUCGUCGUGUCAGGAUCCACCAGGGGGCAGUGUGGGGCCAGUCUGCCUCCCCCGACGUGCAGAGACCUUUGGGGGCUUCGAUAGCCACCAGAUGAACAUCUCCAAAAAUGGAGAGAAAGAUGAGGGUGAGGACUUACGAAGAACCGAAUCGGACAGUGUGCUGAAGAAGGGAGGCAAUGCUAACCUUCUGCUCCUACUCAAGAGGAAUAGUGAGCAGGUGCUCAACAGCGUCACCCACCUGCACGAUCUUCUACUCGCCCUGCAGGCUGUGGUAGUCCAGCAGGACUCCUUCAUUGAGAACCAGCGGCAGGCCCUGACCCAGCGCUCCGCGUCGUUCUCCUCCACCUCCUCCGUCUGCUCCUCCUUCUCCUCGUCCUCCCGGCCGGCGGCGACGACGGCGUCGGCGUCGGUCACCCCCACCAGCAGCGGCAGCAGCCCCGGCGCUCUGGCCGAGGUGGCGGAGCAGGAGCGGUCUCUGGCGGAGGAGCGGCGGCGCUGGCAGGGCAAGUGCGAGGAGCGCGAGCGGACGCUGGCCGAACGGGAGCAGCAGGCGCGGAGGCUCGAGGGAGAGGCGGCCGCCGGCGGGCAGCGGCUAGAACAGGAGCAGAGGAUGCUCCGCGAGCGCGAGGAGGAGCUGGAGAAGGACUUCCGGCUGCUCCGCGAGCGCGAGGAGGAGGUGCAGAGGGAGAGGGAGAAGCUGCGCGACGCUCAGGGCCGACUGGAGCGCGAGAGGGAGCAGCUGAAGCAGCACACACAGGAACAGCUGUGUCGGCUGCAAAGGACCCCUUCCACCACAUCGGAGGACUCUAUGAAGUUCCAGAGCUCCGGCUCGCUGGACCGAUUCCCUGUGGCCGGCGCCGGCGACCUGUCUUGCUACUCCACGUCCCCAGCCGCCGGCAGCGCCACGGCCAAGGACCUGAUGUCCAGGGUGGACUCCAAGAAGCGGAAAGGGAAGAGCCUGAACCCCUUCUCAUCUUCCUCCUCCUCCUCUUCCUCCUCCACCGUGUCGACUCCCCAGCCGAUGCCCAGCCGCCUGCUGCAGCUCACCAAGCCCAAAGACAAGAAGGAGAAGAAGAAGAAGAAGGGCAGAGGUCAGGCCUCAUCUCCCACAGACGCUUCCAGCACUGAAGCCACAGACGCCUCUGGGGAAGGACCGGUUUUCUACUGCUGAAGUCCUUCACUCUCAUCCAGGUCCUCCAGUAUUCCACAAGCCCCCUCUCUCAGGAUCAGCCUUGCAAGACCCCACCCCCAAUACAGCACCUAAAUGUGUGGGAUUCCAGGCUGUGUUCUGCCAAAGGAUUCCCACAUCUGUCAGUGCACUAAACUCAAGACAACCACACACACACACACACACACACACACAUCCAGAUGCAGCCUGACACACCCACUCUGGACCCUUUGAGAGUGUACUGAUGAAGUGUGUGGUGAGCUGGUUGCUUGGUGAUGUGGAUUGGAUUUGUUUGGACUUGACUUGGCGACAUGCCGCUGUAUGUUUAAGAGGGACUUGAGAGAAGUGGUCAUCAUGGUCAUCUUCAUCCCGAGGAAGAGGAUGAAGACCAUGCAAAGACUACAAAAGGACACCUCUGUCAUGAGGAGGAGAAAGAGACUUGCACCACCUGAGAGCAUGAUGUGGAAGAGACUGAUGUGUCAUCAGAGAGGCUCUCAGCCCCAUAUGGUGGCCAUGUUGUUUUUGUGUGAGACCCUCUGAGAGUGAUUAGAGGUCUCAGAGGACAUUAAGGGCUAAUUAGACCGAGGGGGGGGAGAAUGGCCCCGCAAGGGAUGUCGUGAGCGUGGAAUGGAGGGGGGGCGGAAGACGUCUCCAGGGUGCAGGUGUGGGAGAAUGGCCCCGCAAGGGAUGUUGUGAGCGUGGAAUGGAAUGGAUGCAUGGCACAAUUUGAACUCCUGUGUUUGCUUGAGAUGGGAGAGGAAGCUGAAGAAUGCAAUGUUGAAAUGGGCCAUCAGGUGGCCAAUCACACACACAUACAUACAAACACACAUGCAUUUGCUUAGACAUACACACACAAUUGGAAGAGACAGGAACAGACAGGUAGAUUACCAAAAUUAAGUAUGUGACAAUUACACAUUUAUAAAUGAAGAGAUUGUAAAAGGAUAGAAAGUGAGAUUGAAAAUAGGAAGUGAGUUAGGAUGAAAAAGUUUGGGAGAAAAGGAAUGCACACACACACACACACACACACACACACACACACACACACAGUAAUGAGUGCCGUCUUCAACUAUGCUUUAGUUUAUAUUCCCCUACCUAUUUUGGAAAGCCACCAGUCCUUUUAGCCUUAUUUUACCCUAACUGCCAGCCUUAAUGCAGUUUUUCAACACGUUUUGAGCACUUUAUUAGCACACAGUUUCAAAUGAAAACUGUCCUCUUGGAGUCGGAGACCAUCCAUCAGCUCCACUAGGUUUGUGUUGUCAAAUCAAAAAUCUAUCAAGGAGACAAUUAUGACUUUGAGACCGAGUUAUUGUAUUUUUUGUUUUUGUUUGAAAUCAUGUAAUUUGUAACAUGAACAGUUUGAAUGGUAUAAGCUUCCAUCCCAAAGGUCUAACUCUGGUACUGUCUCUGCAGGAUAUGUGUGUUCACGUGAGUGUGUUUUCAUUGAGGUGCUAUCAGAUUAGGACAUAUCUGCAAUGCAAGGAGUUAUUGCAUCACAACGCUCUCCUGUACAGAGAGAUGCAGAGGUGCAAUUGUGUUGAUUUGCAUAUCAAACCAAAGACCCAUGAACAGACACAAGUGGUUCUGUGUCCAGUUCUGUGUGCCCCUUUUGACCUGUGCUCAGACCCUCACACUUCUAUGACCUUUUACCCCGAGCGGUCUUUAAACCGCACAUAUCCCAUGAUUCCCCUGCCUGCCGGUCAGGCCAUGCCCAGCUUGAGAAGGUUGAGCCCACUGCACAUGCUCAGAUGCAGAUGUGGGGAAAUGUGCUAAACUGCUUUAUCCAUCUCUUUAAUUCCUUUCUCUCUUCAGGCCAUUAUUUUAAUUUACUUAACAUUUUUCAUUUUAUUUUAUUUUUUUUAACUGCAUGUGUGGAGAGGCAAUGCCCCGCAGUACUGCAGGGAUCUGUACUGGGACCCUGUAUGGAUUUAUUUCCUUUCUGUCAGGGAGGCAGACUGUGAUUCAUUAGAGGCUGGACCCCCAGGGUUCCAUGAUA